AUGGCCCACGUCGCGAAACGACCACGCUUGCACGGGCCCAAGAACCCCACUCUCACAUUACCUGCUACCACUCCGAAACUCCGAAACCUCCAGAUUGAACACGAAAAUUCCCUGCGACAAUCUGCUCAACGCCUAAAAACCAGUUGGGAAGAUAUUUGUCGUCGUUAUGGGCGUGAUUUUGAUGGUAGAGCGGACGAGAUCGACCUAAGAACAGGAGAGUUGGUUAUCGACAAUGGGCACCUAAGGGGUCUUGAAGAAGAUCUGGAGAAUACGUGGGGUGGGGGUGAUGAUGACGAAGAAGGAGAUGAUGCUGGAUCCGCAACAUCGAGCUUGGAAAUGGAACUUUUGGCGAGACGACCGAUGUUAGCGAGGGAUGAAAUGGGUGGGCCGAUGCUUCGGGACGACGAAGCCGAGGAGAUCGAUGUUGACGAAGAUUUGGAUCGAGAUGCUAUUGACGAUUUGUUUGAUGAGUUGGAAUUGACGACAGGGUUGACUGGAAAGGACAAGAGGAGACGAGAGAAGGACCAAAAGAUAUUGGAGGCUCAAGAAUCUGUGCAGAAGGAACAGAAUGCACAGGAUAGCAUGCCAUCACCUGCAUCAUCAGAGUCAGCAGAGCAGGAUGAGGAUGAGGAUGAGGAUGUAAUGUCGACAGAACUGCCUCCUGUGAAGCAACAUGGGAUAAAUGCCGAAACCGCGGCUUCGCCGGACGAGCUGCCGCCUGACGACAUUGUGUUGGAAUAUGUAUCGAAAUUAGGUCGACAAAGGUUAUUGGCGUUGGUUCAGACGCUGCAGAGCACGGAACAGCGGGUGGAGAUGGAGGAUCCUGCAAUCGUCGCACAACUGACGCCGAUAUCAGAUUGUGGGAAACCGCUCUCAGAUCAAUUGGGCGAGGCUGUGGAGAAGUUGGCUGCUUCGAAAGAACCGAUUCCCGAAUCAACCAGCGAGGAGGAUGUUUUGGAGUCAGAGCAGGUGGCGGAGAGUGAAAGGAAUGGGGGUGGUGGGUUGAAUCCGAGCAGGGGUUCAGAGCUUUCAGCUGCUCUUGAGCUUCCAGCUGGGACUGUGCAGUGUUCUGAGGAUGGCCUUGACUAUGGCGUUGCAGUACUACCACUAAUGAUCAGUGAGGUAGCCCUUGACAAUAAUCUCGUCAAAGCUACAACGGAAGCCGUCACCUGUAACAUCUCCACCUUGGUUGAGAGGGAACGGGAAUUUAUAGUCGAAAUCGGCUCAGAACCCGAGCAUAAACCCAAACCCGCACUUGAGCCCGAGCCCGAGCCUGAGUUUGAGCCUGAACUUGAAUCCGAACCUCAACCCCAACCUCAACCUCAAUCUCAACUGGAACCUGGGCUUGAACCUGAACCUGAACUCGAAUCCGAAUUAACAGCACAACUUAUCCAUAAUCAAAUUCUGCUAGAAGAACCGCACAAAGAACCCGUCACGGAUUCCAACACUGCUGUGGACCGCGAAUUGCUGGGAGAGAGCCAACCACCUACAAUGGACAUCCAAGAACCUGAUCCGAACUUCCACUACGGUGAUAUCGAUGAUUUAUCGACCAUUAUUGUUCCAAAAGCACAAGUACCAGUCACACCGAAGAAUCGUCAUUAUGGUAUUAAAUCUUCUAGUUCCCUGAGGAAGGCUAUCUCAAGCAGGAAGCAAAGCCGAAGACGUCUAUCCGAGGUUGGAACACCGAAAAGGGUAAGGACCCCGUUGUCUUCCAGACGGGAAGAACCUCGAACUGUACCGUCAAAAUUACAGUCCGAGGCCUUCCAUGCAACACCCCGUGCGUCGCCGCCAAAGUCUGCUGGGCCGAUGAAUUUCUGGUCGGCGCUACCAGGCGACCCCUUUUUCGAUCCUCGGUGGCAGGAUUCCCAUCCCGAUGGGGAGCCUGCUUUUGAAGAAUUCGAACGACGAAGAAUUCUACUCGAGGAACACGCAGUUGACGGGGCGAAACAAAAGAAAAAGGCUAGCGAUGGCUUAAUGGUUUUGGAUUCAUCACCUGUGAAGAAAAAGACAAGGACCAAAACUAACUCCCAAGCGACACCAAAGAUCAAGAAGCUGAAAGUAACCAAGGAGCCGAGGACCCCUACGUCGAAACGCGCCAAGUACGAAGAUGAGGUCGAAAGGAAGCUACACACGCCACGGUCUGGUAAAUUUUUAGAGUAUGUCAAACAGAAGGCUGCAAAGGAGAGGGAUGGCGCCGAAAAGGAAAUUGCUGUUGAAGGGCUGCCUGAUGGUACAGACGGAAAUACCGGCGCUGAACCACGAGCCGACGCAACAAUAGCAACCCCGACUCGAAGAAUGAGAUAUGACUAUGGACUGUCUGACAGUGAAGAGGAAGAUCUCCUCCCCAUUAACAGUCAGGACCUACAAAUAUCAAGCACCCAGACGCAAAAGAGAACUAGAGGCCGCCCUAGAAAGGCACUUGUGCCACUCAUUGCACCAGAUCCACCAGCUCCGUCCCCAAAAAGGCUCAGAUCCAUGGGAAGCUCGGCUGUUGAUCCUCUGACAAAGUGUGGCAACGCCGGUUACCGAUGUGGAAAGACCCUUUGUUUUAAAUGUACCGAUGAGUAA